AGAGUGAGAAAUGUAGUGUUUUAUUUGUAGCGGGACAAAAUAGAGACCAUAUCCUGGACACUCGCAUAAAAUGACAUCUCUUUGGACGGCACCUCCUUGCCCAGGCGUUGUCAUAGUUACAGAUUAUGUGUAGCGCGCACGUUUUUUGAUGUUCAUGCUGCCCUUCCACUGUGCCGCUGUCAUUCUAAUAGUACUAAUUACCUGUUGCAUGUUGAUAUUUAACGGAAGCUCUGUCUACCCUAAGUGGUGAUUAUUAGUGAGAUCUCGAACCCUAAAUCCCCUCAGGCGACUGCCCCAUGACAUCACAUGGUAUGCGAAUUACUUUUCAAAGCGUCGUUUGAGGCAAGAACUUCCUAAAUAGGAAGUGCGAUCAUCGCUCUCUGUAUUUUGGUCCAUGUUGAAAGUUUCAGGGCUAAUAUCUUAAUCUUUUGGAUAUUAAAAGGAACCUGGGAACAAGACAGACCAUUUACUGAGAUAUGAAAACUCCUAGACAGACCAUUUACUGAGAUAUGAAAACUCCUAGACAGACCAUUUACUGAGAUAUGAAAACUCCUAGACAGACCAUUUACUGAGAUAUGAAAACUCCUAGACAGACCAUUUACUGAGAUAUGAAAACUCCUAGACAGACCAUUUACUGAGAUAUGAAAACUCUUAGUCUCUGUGGCCUCAUCACUACUGACUUGUAGUGCCUGGUCUCGUCGCUCACCAUGACCCAAACCGGCCAGGCCGAGGAGUGAGACAGCCAUGUCUGAUUCUACCUUGUUCAGAGCCACCAGAAUACUCUGCAGAAGUGUAUCUAGUGACAUGGAGGAGUCUGAGGCCAAGGGCAGAGGAGGAGCUGUCCCCAUGAGGAAGAGUUCAGACAGGAGGGGUUCUGACUGGGGAAGCAUCGCCAUGCUGGAUAAGACCAAGGAAUUCUUCCAGACCUGUGAUGUGGAGGGCAAAGGCUUCAUCACACGCACCGAUAUGAGGAGGCUUCACAGAGAACUACCCCUCACUGCUGAAGAACUGGAGAAUGUCUUUGACUCCCUAGAUACCGAACAGAACGGCUACCUCACCCUCGAAGUGUUCUCAUCAGGAUUCAGUCAGUUCCUGCACGGCCGGAGGAUCUCUGUAGGCGAGGACGCAGCAUCCGCCCUCCCCACUUCGAGGAAGCCCUCAGAAGCCCUAUACCAGAGCCAAUGGGAUGAGAGGUUGACUGGAGGGUGGGAGGAUGAGGAGGAGAGUCACUUCUGUAUGCUGCUGGAGAGCCUAGGGGCCAGCAACGUGUUCCAGGAUCCAGGCGAGGUGCACAGCUUGUGGGCCCAGCUGAGGAGGGAUGAGCCUCACCUCCUGUCCAACUUUGAGGAGUUCCUGGCCAGAGUCACCUUCCAGAUCAAAGAGGCCAAAGAGGAGAGGAGGGAGAUGGAGAGCGCCCUCCAGAGGAAAGCAGCCACACACGACAGUGAGAUCCGCAGUCUAUAUGAAGAAAUGGAGCAACAAAUGAAAAGCGAGAAGGACCGGCUGCUCCUCCAGGACUCGGAGCGUCUCCAGUCUCGUAGUCACGACCUGGAGCAGCAGCUGUCCAGUAAGGAGAGAGAGCUGGAGCAGCUCUUCCAGAAACAGAGGAGGUUGGAUCUCCAGUGUCGCGACCUGAGCAGUGAGCAGCAGGAGAGCCGGGUGGAGAAUGUCCAGCUGAAGAUGACCAACGAGGAACUGAGCAGAGAGCUGGAGAGCACCUGUCAGGAACUGUCCUUGGCCCAGGAACAACUGACCAUGCUGCAGGACCAGGCUUCCCGCCUGCACCAGGAGAGAGAGAUGGAAAUGUACCGAGUCACUGAGGGACUACAGAGAGAGAAACAGAGCCUGAUGAAACAACUAGACCUUCUCAGAGAGAUGAACAAACAUUUAAAAGAUGAGCGAGACAUAUACUGUGCUGUGAACCCCAGGAACUCCCUCAAACAGAAGCAGAGAGCAGGCUUGGUCAAUCUGUUAGCGGACACCAGCCAGCAGCCGUUUAAAAGAGCCUCACUCCUCACCCACAAUGGGGGUUCCUAUGAGUUCCUUGAUGCGCUGCCAGUAGAACACCUUCAAAUCUCUUUUGUCUCCUCCCCCUCAUCUAGCGAGGACGAUGUUGACACCGCUUGUUCGCCAAAAACCAACUACGGCCUGGCCAACGGCUACCACGAUUCGAACACCUCGUCUCCAACACAAGUGGUUGAGGUGGAGGCGCAGGGGGUGAGGGUGAAGGAGAGGCUCUCCAAGUUCGAGUCAGAGAAGACCCUCGCCCCCACCCAGAACGAAAGGGACAGGCAUACAGAGUACCAGAGUAAACCGGAGGUUGGGGGCGACGGGCUGGACGGUCCCCAUGAUGGGUGGCCUCUCCGUCGGGUUAUCUCCAUCGAGGAGGACCACCUCCCCCACCUGCUUCAUGGAGGGCCCCAGCCCCUGCUGCACCAGCUCAGUGAGAAAGACGACGAGGAGGAAGAGGAGCAAGAGAAGGAAGAUCUGGAGAGUAGUAUCCUCUUAGCCCCUGUUCCUCUACCCGUCCCGGUCACGACAGUGUCCCCCUUCAAACACCCAGGUAGUUUCAGCAGAAUCAGAAAUGUCCCCUCGUCACCUCGAGGACAGCCUGUCGGCAAGGAGACCCAAAAUAGGGUGAAGGAGAGGGCCGUGCCUGCCCCGGACCGCCUGUUUAAGGUGGUUCUGGUGGGCAACUCCAGCGUGGGCAAGACUUCCCUGCUGCGCACCUUCUGUGACGGCCGCUUCCACCCCUCCAGCCCCGCUACUGUGGGUAUUGACUACAGUGUGAAGACUCUAAUGCUGGACAACACCCAGGUAGCCAUGCAGCUGUGGGACACGGCCGGGCAGGAGAGGUACCGCAGCAUCACCAAGCAGUUCUUCCGUAAGGCAGACGGCGUGGUGGUCAUGUACGACGUGACGUUGCUGGACAGCUUCAAGGCCGUGCGACCCUGGCUCAUCAACGUACAGGAAGCUGCGGGAGUGGGCAUUCCCAUCCUGCUCCUGGGCAACAAGAUGGAUGCGACGUCCGAGAGGGAGGUACCACUUAAAGAUGCACAGACUCUGGCCCACGACACCCGUGUGAUAUUCUAUGAGGUCAGUGCUUACACCGGCUACAACGUGACAGAGGCCAUGAUCCACCUGGCCAGAGUGCUGAAAGAGCAGGAGGAUCGGGUGAGAGACACGUUUGUCUUAUUGGAGGCCCUGCCCAUCAAGAAGAAAGCCUGCUGCAAGUAAAGACACUCUGACAGAAUAGAGGGCGAGAGAGAGCAUUUGGAAUGGCUGGAGACUCCUGAUAACAAGUGAAGGAACUCUUCAAUCUAACUCUUUCUCUUUGCUCUCGGAGCCAAAUCCUAACUUUGUGUACAUUUGUUAAUCAAUGUCUCAAAUUAGGACGGCUCUUCUUUCAGUACCUGUUUUGUUAAAGGCAAAAGAGCCCAGUUGAGCUGGAUCAUAGUGGAUUUAGCUCUAGUGUACAUUACAACCCGUUUUCUGUGUUGUUAUUUGGACCUGCUGACUGUUAUGAGCAAUAGACAUGUGUUCUACUGUAUAACUAAUGGUAUAUUUUGUCAAUUUAUAGUGGAUCAAUCAUUUCAAUGUCUAGAAUGAAUGUUUUUCUUUAGUUGUGGUUUGUUGUUAAUAAAAACACAGAAUGGAUAUGUAAAUAAGA